UGGAUCAGAAAAAAUCAUAGUAAUACUUAUUUAUCAAGAAAUCUUUGUCAUCAAUUUAUAAUUUUCAGAUUAUUCUCUUACGCGAUUACUUGAUCUCCCACUGUCAAAGGAUGCUUCUGAGACUGCGUAUACACUUCUGGGAUUAAAAACUACUCCAAAGGCGUUUGGACAGCUUACCGAUGGUGGACUUGAAAACAUACGUUUUGCCGGAGCACCAAACUUAUCAAUCACAAACCCUGGUGGAUUAGCCCUUGAUGAGGUUCUGAUGCCAAUUGCCAAGUCAGUUAUGAAACGAUGUCUCGACAAAAUUUUUGAUGUCGAAGACAAUGAAGACGAGGGUGAUAUGGUUACAGCCCCCAGCCAAUCCUUGCUAAGCACGCCUGGAAGUGCAGUGCGAAGCAGCCCGGCACCUACCGUUCACAAUUAUGUUGAGUCGCGAAAAGUCGUUUCACAGUUUGGUGAAAGUAUUCAAAGCAGCGAGUCAAAAGUAAAUGUGGGUUUAGAAGAAAAGUUUUCACAGCCUCCUUAUCACAUAACUUGGGGAUUUUUGCAAAGGCGGUAA